AUGGAGAACUCUUUGCUGGAAAAUGGAGUAAACAUGAAUUUUAUCGACAGGAUGUCUCACUUGUAUGAUAGUUCCCAAAAGAAGGCCACGAAGAAAUUAAUCAUAGCAAGUAUAAUAUGUAUAAUAUUUAUGAUAAUAGAAAUAGUGGCCGCUAUUUUGUCGAAUUCCUUGUCCUUAAUGACUGAUGCCUCCCAUCUGUUUUGUGAUUUAUUGUCCUUUGCCUUAAAUUUAUUUUCUAUAUAUGUUUCCACAUUUGAGGGAAAUGUGGAUAUGUCUUUUGGGUACCACAGAGCGGAAAUAAUAGGAGCCUUGUUUUCCAUUUUUUUUAUAUGGGCGUUAUCUGCAUACAUUUUGUACAGUGCUGUGUUUCGAUUAUUUGAUGUUCAGACGGUGGAUGGAUAUAUCAUGUUUGUAACAGCUUUUGUAAGUACCCUGGCAAAUAUAUUUAUUGCCUUUGUACUUAAGGUACAUUCACAUGGAUUUGAAUUUAUUGGACAACGCAAAUGCAGCCACAGUGAUGACACACAUGAGCAUUCACACCAGAUAAAGGCAUGGGGAAAUGGUGCUGAUAACUCUGGAAAAAAUGGAAAAUACAAAAAUAUAAAUAGUGAUAUCGUUAUAGCAGAUGAUGAUGAUGCAGCUUCUCAUGCUGCCGCAUCUAACAAGAAUAAUAUUUCUAUUGGAAAAAUUAACACCAGUUCAUGCAGCUACGUUGCUUUUGAUUAUUAUGAAAAUGUGAACCAAAUUAAUAUGGGUAAUCGCCAUCAAGGAGAUUCAAAGACUGCAGGAGCUACUGGUGGUGGGGAAGGAACAAAUGCAGGUAAGAAGGAUUUUCAUAAUUCACACCAUGCACUGAUGGACCCCACAAAUAAUAAUUACCAUCACAAUAAUCACAUGGGAAAUGAUGAAGAUGUGCAAAAGGACGAUGGUAUUUUUAAAGUAGGAAUUAAUGAAUGUGUCAAUAAAAGCAAUGGAACAAAUGAUAUGGGUAAAAAAAAAAAAAAAAAAAAAAAUUCCCAUAAUGGAGCUCACAAGGACAAGAACAUGGGCUCGAACAGUUCCUACAUGAUCUCCAAUGAGGGAAGCGAAGAAAAUGUUUUGUGUGAUUCGUACGAUAGUCAUUCUUUGGGGGGAAACUCCCCGCAGGAUGGAUGCCACCAGCAUGGCCACGUGCAAAAGUAUGACCACUCGCACGACCACUCACACGGUCACUCACACAGUCACUCACACGGUCACUCACAUGGACACUCACAUGGACACUCACAUGGACACUCACACGGCCACGACGAAGAAAACAGCAUAAGCCUCAAGACGGCGUACCUGCACGCCAUCAGCGACUUACUGCAAAACAUAGGAGUAAUGAUAGCCUCGCUUAUCAUCUGGUACAACCCCAAGUAUUCCAUCACCGACCCGAUUUGUUCAAUAAUUUUUUGUUUCAUCGUUUUCUCAACAACCAUAUCAGUAAUAAAAGAAAUUCUGAAUGUACUUAUGGAGGGAACCCCCGUCAGCAUAAACUUAAUCGAUAUCAAAAACGACCUGCUCCAGAUACCCGGGGUCAUAGACGUUCACGAUCUACACGUUUGGUCCUUAUCAAUUGGAAAGCCAGCCCUCGCGUGUCAUAUAGUUGCACACAAAAACUUCUCACACACAGUUUUAAAUAACGCUACAUUGUUGUGCCAGAAUAAAUAUAAAAUUCUGCAUACCACUGUCCAGACCGAUUACCCCUCGAACAUUUCCAACUGCGAAACCUAUGCCCACCUUAAAUGCUCAACUUUAAAAACAGAACCGAACAAGUAG